AUGACCAAAGAUAUACCUUUCUACAGCACGAACGAAGACCCGGGGGUCCUACGUAUUUUCUUGAUCAGGCACGGCCAAACAGCCGAAAAUUCUCAAAAGAUCCUUCAAGGUCAUCUCGACACAGACUUGAACGAAAUAGGAAUAGAGCAAGCUCAAAAACUGGGCCAGUAUCUCAAGCAGAAUCGAAAAAUCAAGUUUGAUCAAGUUUUCAGCAGCGAUCUGAAAAGGUGCCAGCAAACGACUAAAGAAUUCUUGGGUGAGUACCCAGAGACAGAGAGACCAGAAGUGCAAUUACAGUAUGGGCUGAGGGAACGUUCGAUGGGCGAGAUCCAAGGCAUGUUCUUGAGCGACGCCGAACAAUACGCAGAGAAGCGCGGCAAAGCUUCUUUCCGGGAUUUUGGCGAAACGCCUGACGAGUUCCAACAUCGGCUCACGCAAACGGUAUCCGAAAUUGUUCAGGGCAGCCAAGAUUCGCAGAAUAUAGCAAUUGUCAGCCACGGAGGUUCAAUCAGACAACUUUUGAAAUGGUUCAAUUAUACGGAACACGACAUGCACCGCAUAAUUGUAUUCAACACGUCCUGUACCAUUAUAGACUAUCACAAACAGAGUCACAAGUUUGGAGUCAAAAGAGUCGGGAACACUCAGCAUCUGGGCGGUGGAGAGUUCAUUGUUAGUGACCUACGUCUACGCUGA